AUAAGACAGUGCCCGGAUCAGAAAUACAUGGAUUCGUACUAGUUUGUCAGGAUAUAUUCAUUUUACCAGCAAUUUAUAAACAAAUCUACGUAGUUUCAUAGUCUUGCAAGCCGACAAUGAGUUUCAAACAUGAAUGUGGAGAUUUUUCACAGUUCCAGGAAGGACUGAAAAAGAUGCGUGAUCUGGAUGACAAUAUUAUCUACGCGCUCAACACAUCACUUCCAACAGAGUCUUUCAAAGGACGAUCUGAUCCCGAGAACAAGUGUCGCGAACUGCAUCAACAGCUUGCAUCGGGGUACAUUAAUCGACAAGAAGCCAUAAAGAAGUGUAUUGUGGUUUGCGCUGACAACAUAAAAGAACUCAAGGAAAAACGUGAGAAAAGUACUGACGAUAUUGGUUUGAAUAAACAAUUUAAGACUGAACAGAGGAAGUUGCGACUGCUUCAGGCCGAGUUGAGCGUCGAGGAUAUAAUCCGUGAGCGAACCCAGAAAACCUUCCGAGAACGUUGCAGACUAUUUGUAAAUCUUGACUCUUUAUAGAACUGUAGCGAAUGUUCAGUAAGUUUGCUGGAUACAAAAUUAGUAACUUACAGAUUAUAACUAUUGCAAUAUCGCUAUAGGCGAAUUAUGAGGAAGAGUUGUUUUGGAAGGCAUUUAUCACAACGUAUAAAUAAAGCUAGGUGUCCAGGCAGUGCUUUAUAUUUUACGCAAAGCUCAAAGGUUGGAUAUCAGUUUCAGUAAAGAAAGAUUUUUUUGUAGUCUAGAUAUAUCAAAUCAAUAAAAUCCGAAAAUUA